AUGGGCGACCACGAUUUGGAACAUCGCCACAAUCCACAUCGCCCACAGCGCACCGUCACCCAAGAGCCAACCUCCAAUCACAAUCGCAACCAUAAUGAGAGCAGCAAGACUCAGGGAUCGCGAAAGCCGUACGUCCGACUAGUCACUGAUAAGCGACGGGAGCAGAACCGGCGCGCACAAAAGGCUUACAGGGAGAGGCUGAAGAAAAAACUUGAGGUGCUGGAAGAGCAGGCCGCUUCCACUCUGUCCCACCCCAGCCCACACCACCAAGCCCCGAGAACAUCCAGCAUCGACCUCAUCGCAAACUCAGGCCCAGAGACUCGCGAUGAAGACGAAGAGGACAGCGAUUGUAAUAUCAAUAUCGAUGCUGGGUCUCGCACAUUGCCAUCUCCGCCCAAGGUAGCAGACACAACCGCUGUCUCACGCGUGAUAAAUCUGGCAGAUGCGUUUGUCGCUGCUGGGGACUUACCGUUCGGACAGGGUUCACUCCCCGGUAUCCAGUUUCAAGUAGGCCCCGAGACACCGGCGACAGUAACAAACAUCGAUGAGAGCAACAGUCAUACGCAUGAUGACUAUGGUGACAUCGAUCUGCGGCAGAUCUGGGCCAGCCCGCACAACCGACCUGGCUCCGAGCAGUCACAGCGAAGUCGUCCCGACUCCCUGCGCAGUUCCACGACUCUGGUGCCUUUGACUCCUCAGUGGACUCCCAGCGAACGGCAAUUCUUCAUCCCGACACCCACCGUGGCAGAUCCGUACAUCAAUCACCUGCACCUCGUCACUGAAGGCAAUGUCGAAGCUACACUUGCUGUGGCCCUCUCGAUCGGCAUCACGCGCAGUCAGUAUCUGAACGACCACCCAUCACACUUCCCCACCUGCUUCGUCGCGCUGAAUAAACCUAACCUGAGCUCCUCGGGGAACUCAUCGUCCCCCGUGACAGUAACCUACAAAUUCGCACAUUCCUUUAUGGACGUCACGCCUGAGUUGCGAGACCACCUCGAGUCAGUGAAGCCGCCCAUGCGUCCAACCCCUACGCAGCUUCUGAAUCCACAUCCAAGUUACCUCGACUGCAUUGUAUUCCCUCAUUUCCGCGAUCAUGCAGUUCAGGCAUCUGUGGACGGAAUCCUCGAUCAUGCAGAGCUGUUUAUGGACCUGAUGCACGGUGGUUUGGUAUGCUGGGGCGGCUUGUCCGGGCUUACGAACAAGCACGGAAAAUCGGUGAAGAACGGAAAAAGAGACAUGAGGGACAGUGUGGCCUGGAACACGAGAAGUUGGGAAGCUAAAAGAUGGUUUCUGAAAAAGUGGGCCUGGUUGGUCGGCACAGAGGAGGAGGAGGAAGCGAGAGGUGAUCUUGACGGCAUCUGGAGAGGGAGUCGGUGGUGGUGGGCCAUGCGUGGCGAGGAUGACUCUGAUGACGAAACGGAGGAGAUCAACUUUGGAGAUGCCCGAGUCAGCGAAAUCGACGGCGACAGCCAUUGUUUGUGA